UCACACGGCGGAGGGUUGUGGGUAGAAGACGCACAGGAUUCUGGGAGACACAGGCUCAGUAUGAUCUAGGAGGAGAAGAGACUGCAGACGCUGAGAGAGGAUCGGCUGGGUUGGCGCGUUGAGGGGGCCAUGGCCGAAUUCACCAUCCGAGUGUAUAAGAACAAAGACUACAAUGCGGUCCGGAUGUUGUUUGCCGAGGGGAUGCUGGAGCACAUUCCGGCCACUUGCGCCCACUUGUUGAAGCUCCCCCGCUCCCAGUUCAUCCUCUUCAUCUCCUUCAUCAGCCUCCUUUUAGUCUCCAAGUCCUACUUGCUCUCUCUCAUCAGCCUGGCUGUUGUGUUCAUGGGCGGCCGCCGCCUGCUGACCAAAGAGUUUCACCAGUACGUCAACCAGUGCCAACGAGAAGACUUGCUGGACAUCGAGGAGUCUUACAUGGCCAGCAACAACUCCUGCUUCUGGGUGGCGGAGUCCGACGGCCGAGUUGUUGGGAUGGUCGGCGCCCAGUCCGCCCCUCGUUCUAGCGAAGUCAUGCUGCUCAAACGUCUGUCGGUGGCCAAAGACCAGAGGCACAAGGGCAUCGCCAAAGCCCUGUGCGUAAAGGUCAUUGACUUUGCUCGCCAACGGGGGUACCAAAGAGUGACACUGGAGACCUCUAUGAUACAACUUGCGGCUCACAAAUUAUACGAAACCAUGGGAUUCCAGAAGACCGACGACAAGGUCCUCCCGUCACUGUUUGGAAGAUUUGCCAACUUCUCCAUCCUGACUUUUGAAUAUCCAAUCAAAGAAUAAUACGCCGAGGUGAAGACGGAUAGAGGACUGCCUUCUCUCGGAGGAUUUAUUUAGCACUAUUAAGGUUAUUUUUACAAAAAAAGAAGGAAUGAGCAUGAGAUUAAAUUCUAAAAAUGUAUUUUGGAACCAUGUGAAGUUUUCUAAAACUUUUAUCACUGUAGCCAAUAAAUGAUUGCUGCUUGUUUUGUGUUACUGUGAAACAUGUCUGUAGGCCAGGAUUUAGGGGUAUCUAAAACGAUAUGAGUUGUGGAUAGAGUGUGGAAGUGAUAGAACCUUGGGAGCACAGACCUAACUAGAACUUAUAGGGCCCCAAUGCGAGAAGCCAUGAAAGGUCCCCUUUUCCCUCAGUCCUGGGGCCCUUUCCUCUGAGCCCGGGCCCUUUCCUCUGAGCCCAGGGGCCUUUCCUCUGAGCCCGGGGCCCUUUCCUCUAAGCCCGGGGCCCUUUCCUCUGAGUCCGGUCCCGUUCCUCUGGGCCCUUUCCUUUGAGCCUGUGGGCCCUUUCCUCUGGGCAUGUGGGCCCUUUCCUCUGAGCCUGUGGGCCCUUUCCUCUGAGCCUGUGGGCCCUUUCCUCUGAGCCUGUGGGCCCUUUCCUCUGAGCCCGGGGCUCUCUCUCUCUGUUACUGUGAAACACGUCUGUAGGCCAAGAUUUAGGUGUAUCUAAAACUAUAUGAGUUGUGGAUAGAGUGUGGAAUGUUGGGAGCAAAGGCGUCACUAGAACCUUUAGCCCUGAUGCAAGAAGCCAUGAAAGGGCCCCAUUUUACAUUAGUCCUGGGGCCCUGUCCUCUGAGCCAGCAUGUCUGUAGGCCAGAAUUUAGGUGUAUCUAAAACUAUAUGAGUUGUGGAUAGAGUGUGGAAG